GCCACGCCCAUCGCCUUUUGGCAGUAUAAAAUGACAGGUAGUCUGUAACGUAAUAUUGAGAUACAUUUUUUUAAAUCAGAAGUCGCUCGAAGUCCAAGUGACCAAAGAUGGAGAACUGCUGCGGACUACUCACAGGAAAGAAUGAGCCUGUGCCUCUUAAACAGGUGGAGGUGGUGGUGCAGGUGCGGGGUCAUGUGGCCUCAGUCAGCUCCACGUUACAGUAUGAGAACAAAGAGGAGCACCCUCUAGAGGCCAUCUUUGUAUUUCCUCUGGAGGGAGAAACAGCCCUCUGCCACUUCAGUGCCAAGAUCGGGGAGACCGAGGUGGUGGCAGAGCUGCAGGAGAAACAGAAGGCUAAGGAGCAGUAUGAUGAUGCGAUAAGUUCGGGGCAGCAGGCCUUCCUGCUGGAGGAGAGCGAGGAGAGUCCGGAUGUCUUUCAGCUGAGCGUGGGGAGCUUGCCCCCGGGAGAGAAGGCAUCUGUGACCCUGUCCUACGUGACCGAGCUGGCGGUGCAAGCCGACGAGGCGCUGAGGUUCUGUCUGCCCGCUGUCCUCAACCCCCGCUAUGCCCCCCAGGACAGUGGAAGUGUACCCCAGGUAACUUCUGCUCGUUCAGUGCCCUAUACUCUGUCACUCAGCGUUCAAUUGUCCUCUCCAAGUCCCAUCUCCAAGGUGGAGUCCAACUGUCCCCUUGAACCCCUGAAGUAUCUGAACACUGAGAAGACACAGGCCACGGUGAAUCUGUCCCCAGGUCACACGUUUGACCGUGAUGUAGAACUGUUGGCAUACUACAGUGGUGCCCAUCAGCCCACUGCCAUUGUGGAGAUGGGACAGCCCAAUACCAAGUCUGGCUCUUUGAUGGCUGACCCUGUCGUCAUGCUAAGCCUUUACCCAGAGUUCCCGGCAGCAGUGACAUCAUCGCUGGCCUCCUGCGGGGAGUUUCUAUUCCUGGUUGAUCGGUCCGGUAGUAUGGACUGUAAUAUGCACAGCGGUCCGGGGGCACAAUUGCGAAUUCACAGUGCAAGGGACACGCUGCUGCUGCUGCUGAAGAGCCUCCCCAUUGGCUGCUUCUUCAACAUCUACGGCUUUGGCUCCACUCAUGAUUCUUUCUUCCCGAAGAGUGUGGAGUACAGCCAGGAGACAAUGGACCAGGCCCUUGAGAAAGUUGGGGUGAUGCAGGCAGACCUGGGGGGCACUGAGAUCCUCUCGCCCCUGAAGCACAUCUACAGUCAGCCCUGCCUUCCGGGGCACCCCAGACAGCUUUUCAUCUUCACCGACGGAGAAGUGUGGAACACAAAGGAGGUUCUGGAUCUGGUGAAGAGAAAUACCCUCUCUCACAGGUGUUUCUCGUUUGGGAUAGGAGAGGGAGCCAGCACUGCUCUGAUCAAGGGCAUGGCCAAGGAGGGAUCUGGCCACGCCCAGUUCAUCACCGGAACGGACAGACUACAGCCCAAAGUGAUGCAGUCUCUUCGCUUCGCUCUUCAGCCCGCAGUGAAGGACAUCGCUGUGAAGUGGAAUGUUCCACAGGGCGUGUCUGUCACCCCCCUGUCUCCCCCGAUUAAUGUGCUGUUCCAGGGUCAGAGGUCACUGCUGUACGCUGAGCUCACAGGGCAGUUUGCAGAGGCUGCAGAGGGCUCUGUCAGUGUGCAGUACCAUCUGGGGGAGCAGUCUGUACAGAACCAGCUCAGCUUCAGCAUUAAGCCUGGAGAGAAUACUGGGCUAACCAUCCACAGGCUGGGGGCUCGAACCCUCAUCCGCACCCUGGAGACAGAGCUGAGAACAGCAGAGCAGGAUGAGCAGGAGGGGCGGAGCAAAGAGGAGGUGGAGCGUUUGAGGAAGAGAGUGAUUGAGCUGAGUGUCCAAUCAGGAGUGAGCAGUGUCCUCACUGCUUUUGUUGCAGUGCAUGCUGGGAGCUCAGAGCCCGUAAAAGGGUCACUGGUGCGCCGACAUGUGCCCACAUAUGGAGAAGCGAUGAUGGGUUCACCAAUGAUGUGUAUGCUGGGUUCCGCUAGAAUGGCAGCCUAUUCCCUUCAACCAAUGGCCUGCAUGGCUUCAUGUCCAUCUCCACCAAUGAAUCUCAUGAUGGCUCGCAGUGCUGUGGAGUGUGAUGAUUAUGAGUCGCUCAGCAUUAGCUGUGAUGACAGUGAGUUUGAACCUGAGAGCUUUACCUCUCAUUCUGCCUGGGGGCCUUCAGAGGACAUGGAAGUGCCGGAGCCCCCCCAGCCACCGAAGGAUGUUCUGCUCCAGUUGAUCUCCCUGCAGAAGGCCAGUGGAUCCUGGGAUCUGGUAGCGGAACUGGCCGAGGUGUUUGGAAAGACUGAGGAGGAGGUGGCAAAGCAGAAACCCUCCCAGGUAGACAGUGGUGUUUGGGCCACAGUUCUGGCACUGUUGUGGCUUCAUGGCUUCAGGCUGGAAGAUGAGGAUGAGUGGCAGCUGGUUGCGAUGAAGGCUGUUUCUUGGAUCCGAGCACAGAAGGGAGGCAGUGUGUCUCAGUGUGUCCAGGCUGGUAAUGCCCUGCUGGGUUGCCAGGUGCAGCAGGGGACCCUUGGGCUAUGAGAGUGAUAUCCCUCCUACUUUUCAGCCCCACCCCCUUUCUGGGCCCCCAUAUGAGCCCAACCCCCUUGUUCCCUUGUUACAGUCAUUUGAUCCAGUGAGCAAAGUAAUGCCUCAUUCAUAACAUACCACUGUUAGCUGCUUUCAUUUCACAAAGAGGAACGUUUGCAGCAUCAGCAAAAGGAAUGGUGGAGCUCAGGAGACACGUAGAGCUUGGAAGACUAGUGGUACGAUGCUAUACUCUACCUUCUAAUAAACUGACUUUCAAAAUGUA